GCGCAUGAAGGAGAGACCAACAGAGGCAGACCGACCCGCAGCCAGUCCACUCACUGAUGCCCUGCUCCUGGCCAGAGACGCAGCGACUAUACAUCUCCAAACUACACACAUCGCAGCUUUAACUCAACUCUGUAACACUCGCAGCAUCUGGAGGAGGACUGGAAAAGCCGGCGCUGCCAACAGCUGCAUGUUGUUUUUUUUUUUUUCAUCCACUCUCUCUUUCCUGCGCGACCAGGAGAAAGUGCCGCGUCCUUGAAAUUAUAAAUUGAAAGAGAGGAAGAGAGGGAGAGAGUUGCUUGACGGCAGAAUAAAUCUCGCUUCGAGUACUUCAACACGCACCACUGACAGGGAGGUGAAUGGACCUCCACCGCCCCUUCAAGAUGGACAGCCCCUCCUACCUGCCAGCUCCGCUGGCCUCCCCCGCCCUGAUGGUCCUCGCUUCCACUGCCGAGGCCGGCCGAGAUGCCUCCGUCCCCUGCCAGGCUCCCAGGCCCUUCGGUGUCCCUGCCUCCGUGGAGAAAGACCUCCACCUCCCCUUCCCCUCCGCCUCUUACACCUUCACCUCCAUGUAUCAGCGACAGGGCCCCAUGUCAGGCACCUUCCCCACCCGAGACUUCCCAGCGUCCCUGCUCCACCUGCACCCCCAGUUCACUGCACCAAACCUGGACUGCUCCACCCUGGGCAUGCUCAACCACAGCGGGGUGGGUGCCUUCCGACCUUUCUCCUCCCCACAAGAGGAGAGGGAGACGGUUGGUUACCACUCGGCUUUCACCCCUGCUAAGAGACUGAAAAGCUGCUUCUCGGAGGUGGAGGGGAAGGAGUUUGACUUUGGCUCCCCGGGAGGCUCCAUCAAAGCUGGGGAGGACUCAGGGAGGAAGCUGUUCUCCAUGUCCGGCCUGCUGUCUGACGGAGAAGCUUCAUCGAGCCCGGAGGAGCGCAAAGAGCACAGCAAGGUGAAGGGUCUCUAUGACGCUCAGGCCCCAGUGUGUCCAGUCUGCCAGGCCAUUCUGCGACCAGGAGAGCUGCAGGAACACAUGGAGCAGGAGUUAACUAAACUCGCCCAGCUACAAAUCAGUGUCACUCCAGUGCAGCACAACCACCUCAUAAGGACACCAAAGUCUCUUUCACUCUCUCUGCAUAUCAAACGUGAAGGAGGUUCUCCCACUUCACCUCCUCGACCAGCUGAGGACACCCACUCUGACCGAUACCAGACGUUUCUUCGUGUGCGGGCCAACAGACACACAAGACUAAAUGUCGAUGACCUCUGCUGGUGCAGGUGCUACGUCAAAUCUGCCCCAUUACGCCCCCACAGCGCAGGAGCCCACCUAGACUGCACACAAGCUGUCAGGAUUGGCAAACUGAAGAGAAGGAAACCAGAGGAGGAGGGAUCUGCGGACUUGGUGCCAUUGGAGGAUGAGUGGAAUGAGAGGAGAAGGAUACAGAUGACGUCUAUAGUCGGAGGGUUUAAAGGUGCGAUGCUUGUAAGCACGACGUCUAAGGAGUGUCGGGACAGCGAUGCAGACCUGGACGUGGAUGGAGAUGAUACUCUGGAGUACGGCAGAGCACAAUACACAGAGACAGAUGUAAUCCCCUGUUCAGGAGAAAACUCCAAGGAGACAACAGUGAACAGCAGCAGCGGCAGCAGCAGCAGCAGUAUGUUGCCUGAAUCCAGAGUCAACCUAGAAUUUUCCAAAUGGUCAAAUGAAGGGAGUCCGUCUACCAGCAGUGGAGAGAAACUGGACGGCAGCGUAGCUGGUCUCCCCAAAACCUGCAAAAACACAGAGAUAGAGACGCUCUCAGAGGACUCCACGCUGACAACUCUGGAUGCACUUAAAGCUCGGAUACGGGAUUUGGAGAAACAGUUGUCUAAAGGAGACAGAUUUAAAUGCCUCAUCUGCAUGGACACGUACACAACCCCGCUCACGUCCAUCCAGUGCUGGCAUGUUCAUUGUGAGGAGUGCUGGCUUCGGACGCUGGGAGCAAAAAAGUUGUGUCCUCAAUGCAACACCAUCACCUCACCUGGAGACCUGAGGCGGGUCUACCUGUGACGCUGCCACUCACAAGAUCAGGGGAGGGGCUUCUUCUGUUUUAGCCAAUCAGGGAUGGACUUGUGGGCAGCUGGCCUGUCAUAGACUCCCACCCUCCUCCUCCUCCUCCUCCUCCUCUUCACACCUUCCUGAUCCCACAUUUUCAGUCAGUGUGCUCCUAACAUCCACUAACCCCCGACAAUUUUAAAGAGCAGCAAGUGUGACCUUUGACCUUCCUUUAGAGCCCUGUACUAUACCCAUGUUCCUACUGCAACAUCAGCCAGAUUGGAGGAAACAUCUGAAACCAACUGAGAGCUCAGGCACUGAAAAACAAAUGGAGAAAAAAAAAAAACAAUAUUGGGACAAUAUUUAUGAAUUUUGUAAUCCUUUUGUCUGUUUUGUGAGAAAAAAAAAAUCCCAUGCAAAGCACAUGUACAUAGUUUUGUGUAUGUUUGGAUUGGGGUGCGUAUAAUGACGUCGACUAGCAGAACAACACGACUGUAUUAACUGUACAGAGUUUGUCUUUGCUUAGAUCAUUUAUUAUUUGUUUAGCUCCUCCUGUAGGUUGGAAACAUUUACAGUAAUCUCAUCACAUUCAGGCUCAUUUUGUCUUCAGUCAUUGAUGUUUCUUUGUAUAGAAUCAUUAAAUCUAAUUUUAUCAGUGUUACUACAAUAAAA